UUCACUUUCUAGUCAAACUUCGAUUAGUUCGAUAAAUAAAAACAACAGGUUAUUAAUUUUUUGCGAAAUGAGCGAUACUCAGCAUUUAACCACAGGUUCGGAGAAGCCCAUAUUCCCGGAUGAUGGAGUCUUGAAGUUGUAUUCAAUGCGUUUCUGCCCUUAUGCUCACCGCGUGCACCUUGUUCUCGACGCCAAAAAUUUGCCUUAUCACAGCAUUUAUAUCAAUCUUCGCGAGAAACCUGAAUGGUUCCACCAGGUGAGCAGCUCUACUAAGGUUCCUGCCUUAGAGCUGGUCAAAGCACCGGGAAAUCCCGUCCUGAUUGAGUCGCUCAUCAUAUGCGACUACCUGGACGAGAAGUAUCCUGAGGUACCGCUUUAUCCUAAGGAUCCGCUAAAGAAGGCCCAGGAAAAGAUUCUGAUCGAGCGCUUUGGGCAAUUUAUCACUGCCUUCUACCGACUUGCGAUUCAUGAAAAUCCCGACCAGCUGGGCAACACUGAUCACUACGCCGGGCUGGACAUUUACGAGGAGGAACUUAAGCAGCGUGGGACUAAGUUCUUUGGUGGAUCAAGCCCGGGAAUGCUGGACUAUAUGAUUUGGCCCUGGUGCGAGCGUUUUGCUUCUUUGAAGGUUGCCUUGGGUGAUGGAUUCGAAUUAAAUCCUGAACGUUUUACUACAUUGAUCAAAUGGCGCGACUUGAUGUUACAGGACCGAGCCGUCAAGUGCUUCUAUUUGGAUGGAAAGACCCAUGCCCAAUACAUGAGUUCCCGUCGAGCGGGCAAUGCUGAUUACAAUAUGCUCUACAAUGAGGCCAAGCGCGUUAAAUUAGAGUAGUUUUGAAGAAAAUGGUUACACAUCAUUAUUUGUAUAUAUAUUUCAAAUUGAGUUUAGAUGUACAUAUGACAGCACUAUUGUGAUUGAAAAAUAAAUAUUUACAUUUUCCCUGUUAAAA